AUGCAACAUAGUUAUGUUGAGAAAUAUCUACCACUCGAAUCAUCUCCAAAAUUCAAUUCAAAGUACGUGAAUUCCGAGGGAGGUAUCAAUUAUGGAAUGCUUCUGGAAGACAUUGACGAUAUUGGUGGAGCGAUUGCGGCUAGACAUAUUGAACGCAUGGGUCCAAGCGAUAUCUGCGCCAAUUUUACGGUUGGGAUGGAACAAACAUACAUGAACAUUCCAGAUACCAUAGAGGACUACAAGCUUACGGGGCACAUUGCUUAUACCAAAGACUCGCUGCUUAUUGGGGUUAUUACAUUGGAGGUAGUCAAGGACGAGCAGAUACCAGAUAACGCUGGAAUAUUUCAUCCGUCAAAUAUACCAAGCCUUGGUGUUUCAAACCCAAAUGCAGUCGCAGAGUUUUCGGUAGUCUCUAUCCACAUCGAUAGUUUCACUAAGAAAGCCAUUCCUGUUGUACAAUUGAAAUUAACGACGUUUCAUGAACAGUGGUUGUUUGACAAGACAGGCUCAAUACACGAUUCCAGACGAGAGAUUGUAAAGAAAAGACGGGAUAGACAGAAAAUCCACCUCGACAACAACCACAUAUUCAGGAGCAUAUCCACUCGAGAUAUUGGCAAGGGAGUUAUUGACGAUCGACUCACAUCUGGAGGUGUGUCCAUAUCGGAUACACGGAUCGAAAACAACGCCACCACAACCCCUCAACAGAUGAAUGGAAAUGGAACAAUUUUUGGAGGAUACAUUAUGCGAGACGCCUUUGAGCUUGCGACUACCGAGGCAGCUCUCUUUCUUCUCUCUCCCGAAUUCGAGACCCUAAAAAUAAACGAUAUCAGUUUCCUGUCACCGAUACUCACAGGGGAUCACAUUCGAACAAGUGCCCGAGUGAUCUAUUCCAACAGUCCUUUGAGCGGAGAUUUUGUCGUACGGGUUGAAGUAGAUAAGAGAAGUAUAGAAUCUUCGGACUACAAGCCGGCUGUAAUAAUGCAUAUCUCUUUUGUGUCGGUCAGCCAGUCUGUGGAGAUCAAGAAAAUCGUACCCAGUACACAUGAAGAGAUGGAACUGUGGCUUAAUGGGUACGAUAUAGUGCAGCAAAAGAACAAACACUUGUUAGAGUCUCUUACUGGCACAAAAGAUCCUGGGUUUUCAUUAAGCAAACUCUAA